AUGUUAAGGCCUCUUUUGCGUUUAUGCCCUGCCUUUUGUUUCCUUGUGGCUCAUGUAACCACUCUUGGAGUUACAGUCAACAACAUCAUCAUGAAGGUUUGGACUGUGUGUUUGCUGGUGUGUGCUGCUUUUACUCUGAGGACUGCCACAGCUGCAGCAAAUGUGACUGAACCUGAGCAGGAUCAGAAACUUCCAGGGGAAGCUACUGAACUGGCUGUUGAGGAGUUGACUGAUGCAGUUCAGGAUAAGGAGGAAGCUCUCAAGACAGAUGCUGUUGCUGAAGUUAAGUCAGGCUACUGUCCACAUGGAUGGAUUCAAUAUGGAUCACGCUGCUUUCGACUCAUAAGGUCAAGUCAGACCUGGCUCAAUGCUGAGGCACAGUGUGCAGCUGAACAUGCAAGACUGGCAUCUGUACGUAACCUUGGGGAACAUAAAUUCCUGCAGAGUUUGCUUGAAAUGGCUGGUUUAUCACAGGCUUGGAUUGGUGCUUACUACUUCCAGGGAGCAUGGCUAUGGGUUGACACAGCUCGGUUCUACUACACCAACUGGUACUCUCUGAGUGGUGUGUCCAGCUGCCCAUGCGCCUUCAUGAGGAACAAUGUUGGCUGGUCUAACGCUCACUGUGAAAGUGGAUAUGCAUUCUUCUGUGCUAUUGACCUUAAUACAUGUUAGAGGACAUGAAUGAGUAUUUGUUUAUCAUUUUGAAGCUGAUAUCAUUAUGAGCAAAAUA